AUGGAAAGCUCUACCACGGUUCCGCCGACCCUCGAACCAAGCGAGCCUCUUCAAAUCGCUAUAAUCGGCGCCGGACUAACAGGCCUCAGCCUCGCACUUUCUAUUUCCGCCCUCCCACUGCACCAGCGUUCUCACCUCCACUACACCAUCUACGAAUCGCACCAACACUAUUCCGAAAUCGGCGCCGGUAUUGGAUUCGGCGCUAGCGGUCACCGAAUUAUGAAACUUCUCCAUCCCGAAUUCUGGGAAAAUUACAAAGCGAUUGCGAACUGGGGCGAAGACGACGUAUGGUGGGACUUUGUAGUCGGUGAUAAAGUCGGAAAUUCACAAGGAAUAGCCGAUGAGAAAUGGGAAGGAAAGCGAAUCGCACAGGUACGCAUGAAAGAGGGGAGAGAGGGUCAGAGUACCGCGCAUCGACGAUCUUUAAUGGAUAUUCUGAUCAAACUUCUUCCUUCUUCGUGCGAUGUUCGGUUUGGGAAGCGUUUGACUGGGAUUGUAUCAUCUGCUUCUGAUUUACAUUCUAUUUCCGAUCAUCCAAAUUCUAAAGUAACCUUACAAUUCCAAGACAGUACAACUUCAACAGCCGACCUAGUAAUCGGCGCCGAUGGCGUCAAAUCUCUCUGUCGGGAUAUAGUAAUCACACCGACUUGCAAUGCCGAAGCGCUCAAAGCACGGUUUACGGGGAAAAUAGCAUAUAGAGGAUUAAUACCGAUGGAAGAAGCGAGAGCGAGGAUAGGAGAGAAAGCGGGUCAGAGGAUGUUCUAUUUGGGACAUGGGGGACAUGUGGUUUCGUUUCCGGUGGAGGGAGGGAAGAGUAUGAAUAUUGUUGCGUUUGCGAAUCGGGAGGAGGGGGGUUGGGAGGGGGAUUGGGAGGGGGGUUGGGUGAGGGAGAAUGUGGGGGAGGAGCUGGAGAGAGAUUAUUUGGAUGGGAGGUGGGGGGAUGAUGUGGAGGGGAUUAUGAGGCUCAUCAAAUCUCCCUCCUACUGGGCAACAUUCUACCAUCCCCCCGCUCCGACCUUUCACCAUCCCACUCUACCCAUCCUUCUCAUCGGCGACGCUGCUCACACCACCGCUCCUCAUUUUGGACAAGGCGCUGGUCUUGGUAUCGAAGACGUAUACAUCCUCACAAAGCUUCUCUCGCACCUCCCCACCACCUCUCACUCUUCCGGUGCCAGCUCAAAUCUACGCGCCCUCUUCACAGCAUACACACAAAUCCGACAGCCGCGCGCGACAACCGCCGUGUCUACUGCUAACUAUUAUGGUCGGAUGCUUGAUAUGGAAGAUCCUGUUAUUUCUGAUAAUCUUUCGCUUAUAGGGGAGAAAGUGAGGGGGAUAGCGGAGACGAUAUGUGGAUAUGAUGAGAUUGGGGAGGGGGAAAGAGCGGUAGAGAUCAUGAGAGGGAAAUUGGCGGAGCGUGAGAUGAAGGAUGGCAAGAUAAGGAAUGAUGAUGUCGUGGAGCGUGAGUGGUGGGUUCUGAACGAGACUUCAUCGUGGAAAAGUUUUCAUUGA